AUGCGUAUCCGGAUGGCCUUAUGGGUCAAGGCACUCCAAGACCACAUCGUCACCACCCUCGAGUGCAUCGAGGCUUCUCAUCCUAGCUCCGCCGAUACGCCCUCUCCCAAAUUCCUCCGAGACCACUGGCUCCGGCCCGAAGGGGGCGAAGGCUCUUCCUGCGUCCUCACCGGCGGCCGAGUCUUUGAAAAGGCCGGCGUCAACGUCUCUAUCGUCCACGGCAAACUCCCGCCUGGCGCCCAAAAGCAAAUGCGGGCAGACCACGCCUCGCUGCCCGUUCGUGAGACACCCGUCCCCUUCUUCGCUACCGGCAUCUCUAUCGUCCUCCACCCGCGCAAUCCCCACGUCCCCACCGUCCACCUCAACUACCGCUACUUUGAGCUCGAGAACCCCGACAAGCCUGGUCCGGGCGAGCCGCCGGCCGCAUGGUGGUUUGGCGGCGGGACGGAUCUCACGCCGUCAUACCUUGUACCGGACGACGUGCGGCAUUUCCACAGCACCAUCAAGGCUGCGUGUGACAAGCACGACGGGUCCGGCGGGUACUGGAAGGAGUUCAAGGGGUGGUGUGACCGAUACUUCUACAUUCCGCACCGGAAGGAGUCGAGGGGGGUGGGCGGGAUCUUCUUUGAUGAUCUGACGACGUCGUCGGAGAUCAACAAGGGGCGGAAGGCGAGUCCGGGGCCGGAGGGACCGAGCCAGGAAGAGCUGUUCAGCUUCGUCAAGGACGUCUCGUCGAGCUUCUUGCCGUCGUAUGUUCCCAUCGUGUUGAGAAAUAAAGAUCGAGAGUGGACGGAAGAGGAGCGGAGGUGGCAGCUGCUGAGGAGAGGGCGGUAUGUCGAGUUCAACCUGGUGUAUGACAGAGGGACAAAGUUUGGGUUAAUGACCCCCGGAGCGAGAAUAGAGAGUAUCCUCAUGAGUCUGCCCGAGAUUGCGAGGUGGGAGUACAUGACCCAGAUGGGCGCAGAAGGGACACCGGAGGGGGAACUGCAGGAAGUGCUUCGGAACCCUCGGAAUUGGAUAUAA